AUGCUCCCCCUCCCCCUCCGCCCCCUCACCUUCACACUCCUCACCUUCCUUCUCCUCCUUCUCACUACCCACCUUACUUCCACUACCGCCUCUUCUAAACUCCAAACCUCUCCCUACUCUUCCGCUGAUCACCUCCUCGACCUCAGCACCAUAACGCGCCCACAUGCCCUCCUCGCCCUCGCCCUCCAAGACAUGGACCCCACCACCACCGCCUACGCACUAACCCCCUACAAAGCGGCCUUCAACUGGCCGCACGUCAUGUCCAACCUCUCUGCCCGCGCCGCCGCAGAGGACUUCCACUUCCCGAAGACCAAGUUCUAUAUCAUUGUGUUCAGAUCCCAGAUUGAGCCCGGCACGAACAGACAGGAGCUGGGGGCGAUGGAUAUGGCGGCGCAUAGGGAGGCGGUGGAGAGCGGGUGGUUGCUGAAGUACUGGUUUGGUGUGCCGGAUGAGUUGGGGUAUAAUUUGGCGACGUGUGUGUGGAGAGAUAUCAAAGACGCAAGGCGGGGCGGUAGGGGAAAGGGACAUCAAGCUGCAAUGAGGGCCGUGAAGGGCCUGUAUAAGAAAUGGGAGGUGGAGAGGUUGGCGCUGGUUGUGGGCGAGGGUGUAAAGGAGUGGGAUAUCGUGAAGUGGGAGGAGGCAAUGAAGGAGGAGGUGGGUGGGGGCGGCGAGCUCUGA